UAUGGAUUGCAAAAGUGUCUGGGUCUGGAAGAUUCUAAACUUGUAAUGCUGUCACUGGAUUCUAAAAAAAAUUGUAUUGCAUGACCCGCAAGAGGACUCCUGCUUGUGCUAGGCGGAGAGGGCAUUUCUCUUGCGGUAGAGGCAUCACGAAUUGUUCUAAAAAUCAGUGAUGCAUGCUAGGGCAUGCAUCACGGACAUCAUGGGACAUUCAAAACAUGCAUGACAAACCUGGCAAUCUCCCAGACCCAGACAUUUUUGCAGUUGAUAAGCCCGGGCAAAGUACGACGCGUGGGCGAAGUGUAUCGCAAGAAAAAAUCCCCCCUCCCCAUAUCGAAAAGAGAAUCCGUCAUGCUGAUUUGUGACCACAAAUCAGCUUUGUUUUGCGUACACGGCAAACGGCAGCCAUGUGGCGCAUUGUGCAGCCACUCUGUCAUGCGUUUUCGCAUAUGUCAGACUUGUUUCUCAUGCGCAGCUGCUAGUAGCCGGAUGCGUACCCAAAUGGGCUUAGAGCAUGUAGUCGACAAGCUCGUCUUGCUACAGUACAAAGCUCAUUUGUGUACGCAAAUCCAGCAACACAAAUUGUCUUUUGAGUAUGGAAUGGGGGCUUUUUUCAUUUUGAUAAAGUGCACGGGUAUGUCUCCCGACGACGCGAAGGCAAAAUACAUCGCGAAAGUAGAGGAGCUGAUGGCGAAGGAGUGAGGAAAUUCAGGCCUGAUUAUAUUAGACGGGACUUCUUCCGGUUCCGCAUGAUAGAUUAUACCUUGGAGUUCGACUGCGUGUUUUACUUUUACAAGACCCAACGUGAAACGCCAUCAAAA